GAGACCAAAUAUCUUUUGCCACCUGUGGAAAAAGAGUUAUUCUUGGCAGAGCACAGUGACCUUGAAGAAGGUCGAUUAGACCUGACUGUGGCAUUAAAACCAGUUAGUUUCUGUAUAUCAGACAAAAAAGAAAUGCUUCGGCAGUGUUUCUGUAUCAUAGGAGAGAAGAAGUUACAGAAGAUGCUUCCUGAUGUGUUAAAGAACUGUUCAAUAGAAGAAAUUAAAAGACUUUGCCAGGAACAGCUAGAGCUCCUGUCUGAAAAAAAAAUUUUGAAGAUUCUUGAGGGUGACAAUGGUUUGGACUCUGAAAUGGAAGAAGAAGCAGAUGACGGCUCUAAGAUGGUAUCUGAUUUAGUUAAUCAACAAGACAGCUGUGUAGAUUCUACUUCAUCCCUGAGAGAGAACAAGCGACCUGAAGGUUUGGAAUCAAAACAAGGUAGGGGUCACAUACUUGACUUUUUCUGA